AUGUCUCUGGCCAACACUCUCUACAACGCUGUCGUGAAGCGUAACAGUGUUUUCGUCCCGACGAUCUUCGCCGGUGCGUUCGCAUUCAGCAUCGGCUUCGACCUCGGUGUCACGAAGUUUUGGGAUACCUGGAACAAGGGAAAACAAUGGAAGGACAUCCGCUCUAGAUACGUGGAAGAGGAGUAG